ACGAUAUCAAAAAUCGUACGAAAUGAGUGUAAUGGUACUGGAUGAAGUGCCAGGCUUUACACUUCACAAGGCCGAAGUAGAUUACGAUGAUGAUCCGGACAAAGGUAAGGGAAAGGGCAAGAAAAAGUCGGGCGGAUUCCAGGCAAUGGGACUGAGCGCACCGGUCCUGAAGGGAAUCCUGAAAAUGGGCUACAAAAUCCCAACCCCGAUUCAACGCAAAACGAUUCCUCUCAUCAUGGAUGGGCGCGAUGUGGUGGCGAUGGCAAAGACCGGUUCCGGUAAGACGGGUUGCUUUCUGAUCCCGAUGUUUGAGAAGCUGAAGCAACGGGAGGCGAAAGCGGGCGGUGGUGCACGGGCGCUGAUUCUUUCGCCGACUCGCGAACUUGCCAUACAGACGUACAAGUUUAUCAAACAUUUGGGUCGAUUUAUGGAUUUGAAAUCGAUUCUGGUGCUGGGUGGUGAUUCGAUGGAUUCCCAGUUCGCCGCGGUACACACACUGCCGGAUGUAAUCGUAGCGACACCGGGGCGGUUUCUGCAUCUGUGUGUAGAGAUGGAUCUGAAGCUAAGCUCGGUACAGUACUGUGUGUUGGAUGAGGCGGAUCGAUUGUUUGAGAUGGGUUUUGGUGAGCAGCUGAACGAAACGCUUAAGCGACUGCCGGAAUCGCGGCAAAUGGUACUGUUCAGUGCGACACUGCCCAAGAUGAUGGUAGACUUUGCAACGGCAGGCUUGUGCCAACCGGUACUGAUACGAUUGGACGUAGAAUCGAAGAUACCGGACACGCUCGAUUUGAAGUACAUUUACUGUCGACCGGCGGAAAGAUAUGCCACACUGUUGGUGCUGUUGCGCGAUGUGAUCCCAAGCACAGCACAGACGGUCAUCUUUGCCGGUACGCAGCAUCACGUGGAAUUAAUUUCGUUGAUGCUGACCAAAGCUGGUGUUCCCAACAGUCACGUUUACUCCGGACUGGAUGCAUCAGCACGUAAAAUCAAUACGGCCAAGUUUACACACCGCAAAGUGAACGUGCUCGUUGUAACCGAUGUUGCCGCCCGUGGUCUUGAUAUACCAACCCUGGAUUACGUUAUAAAUCUGCACUUCCCGGGUAAACCGAAGCUGUUCAUCCAUCGCGUCGGACGUUGCGCACGUGCUGGACGCAGCGGAACGGCCUAUUCGAUCUUCUCAAACGACGAUAUCGCUCAUCUGAUCGAUCUUCACAUGUUUCUGAAUCGACCGCUCAAUCUAGCCGAUCGGAAAACGAUCGGAAUCGUACCACCGGACACGCAGGAAACGGAACACUUGCUCGUGCAGGAAUACGUAACGGACGUUGAUCUCGCAACGGCAUACCGGGUGAGCAACAAUGCGUACAAGCAAUACUUUGUAACGCGACCGGCAGCAUCAACUGCAUCGAACAAGCGUGCGAAAAACUUUAAAAUCGAUGAACUGGGUGUGCUGGAAGACUUUUUGUUUGAAACCACCGAACUGGACGGAGGAACAAAGGGCAAAAAGUCGAGAAAAGGAAAAUUGAUUUCCAUGAAGAAGGCGAAGCCGAACGCUCCAAAGCAGAGUGCUUUGGACUCGUCUACCGUUGAUGCGGAUGCGUUCCGGAACGAUUUUCUUGCACGUAUGAAAAGCUACCGUCCUCAGGCGACCAUUUUCGAGCUUAAUCCGAAAGCACACGCCCGGGAACUGGUGGCGAUGACGCAGAAGCGUGAAGCGGAUGAAGUCAAAAUCGAAAAGCACAAGCGCAAACUGGCCGAACUCGAGGCGGAAGAGCAGGAGAAGCAAAACAGCAAGCACAUCUCCGAAGAAGAUCAGGGGCCAAAACGUCGCAAGGGUACCACGGCACGGGAUGAGGAACACUUUAUCGCCUACCAGGCAAAGGACGCCGUCGAGGAAGAUGGAUACGCGAUCGACAGUUUCACACGCCAAGCGAAUUCGGCCGAGCUAAGUGUGGUUGGAGAUACGGCCGAAGGGCAGCGGAUGCAUCGGCAGUUGCAGAAAUGGGACCGCAAGAAGAAAAAGAUGGUAAACGUAGAAAACCCAAGGGCUGGCAAGAUACGUACCGAGCACGGUGUCUGGAUUGCGGCAUCGUACAAGACGGGCCGUUACGACAAAUGGAAGGAACGUACGAAGGUGGACGAAAAGUUGAUGGCAGAACAGGCACAAGCGUCGGAUGAUGAGGACGCAAGUUCGAUGGCGGUACCGGUCGUACAGCGCCACUAUCCCAACACUCACUGGGGGCGGCACAAUGCGAAGGCCGAUCUGCGGAAGUUGCGCGAUCUGGAUCUGAAAACGCCCGAACAGAUCGUGAAGAAGCGGGUCGAGAAGGAGACGAAGCAGGAGCGGGAGAAGGCGGCGCGCUUGAAAAACAUUCAGCGCAAAAAGCGCGCACUGGCCAAGCGGAAAGGUAAGGGAAAAGGGAAGUAA